AUGCCAAAUCAAAAACUACCCACUCAGAUCUCCAUUACAUCUUUAAGAUCUGGACAAGAGCGCAUUAUCGAUUGCGAUGGAUUACCAGAUAAUUCGGAAGAAAUUUGUAAUAUUUUGAAAGACGAAAACGCUCAAAUGACGAUUUACUUACGCUUCGCGCUUUAUUACAAUAUUAACAGAAAAAAUCCAGAUAUUGCUGUCACAAUUCUCAAAAAGGGUCUUUCUCAUG